AUGCGAUCCGCAAUUGCAUGGGAGCAAUAUUGUUCAGCGCGUGAGCAACUCCAAACUCGUUUAGCUGAAAAAAUUCGUCGACAAAUGAGCACAUUGGUUGGCGACAUGUCAUCAGCUGAUUUGUUAUUAGUAGCCGCCGACGGCAAAAAACUCGCUGCACACGAGUGUAUUUUAAGACACCGUGCACCCGGUUUCUAUCAACGACACAUUGAAGCAACUAUUUCUGCGAUGGGGCCUAGACAGGAGGGGAAGAUGCGCGAAGUUGCGAUUGGUGAUAUUGAUUCGGUUGGCUUGGAAUUCUUUAUACAUUCUGUUUAUACAGAAGAGGAAUUCUCACAGAUUCCAAAUCCAAAUUCUGAUGAUCGACGUGAGUUUUUCAAAAAAUUUCUUUAGGGAAACUAAAAUUACCUUCCAGUCUGUGAAAAUUGUCGGAGUCUUAUGAUCUCCAAAAAAUCGGGUAAUCACUGAAUGUUUUUUUUUUACUUCACAAGAUUUGUGUGAUCUUACGAAAUUGAGAUUCCUCAGAAAAAUUGAGCUAUUUCAGAAGAUUCUAGAGCGUCAAAUCGAUCAUAUGCGAUGGAAGAAUCGACAACUGAACUGGAUUUUCAGAUGAGCGGGGCAAAUGAGAAGUAAGCCAUCCUAGAAUUUCAGCAAUCCAGAACUAUUCCUAAAAUCAUCGCAAUUUUCCAGCAGCGUUGAGGAUGAAACCCCAACAUUGUCAACAACCGGACGAUUGCCCCACGCUCCUCCAUUCUUCACCUCACCGUCCGCCGCCAAUCAACCGCCGCCCUGCUCCUCGCCAGUCAAAAAAAUCAUUGCGGCUACAGGGCCAUAUCCUUUGCUGCAAAACAAUUAUGCCACCCAAUCUGCGCCAACAGUUCCAGUGAUGACGUCAUUUCGAGAUUUGGCGUCUGGAAGUUCGAUGAAUAGUUCGAUUUAUUCGUUGGGUGGACGGAGUGAAGUUGCUGAUAUUCCAGAAGAAGAUGAAACUAAUCCUGAUCAUCCAACUUCUACUACACCACUGGAUAAUCGUGAGUUAUGGGAACUUUAUUUUGAUUUCUGGGCUCUCGGCUUUCUAAAUUUAAAUUUUAAAAAAAAAUCAAUAAUUUUUUAGGACCGAUGAGCAAAUUCAUUCGAUUUGACAGUCUCACAAACGGAAAUGAUAUUCACAAAGAACAAUUAGAAAGAAAAAGAUCAUCCGGCGGAAUGCGACAAAUGUUCCCAAUGUUCAUAGGAUUAACAGAAGGCGAAGUGAUGCCAGAAAAUAAAAUCAUGUCAGAUUCCUGGAAAGGAAGUAAUCGUCUAAGUUUAUCCAAACGAUUAUCAAUGACAAGUUUAACAAGUCUAACAAGUAUUGAUAUAACUCCCGGACAAGACAAUCAACCGCCAGUUGGAGAUUUAACAGCGUGCAGUAAACUGGCUGCAGAUCUAAUGCAAAUGUAUGUUAAGAAUGAGGAUACCGAUUGUAUAAUUCGAACUGAAGAUGGUGAUAUUCAUGCGCAUAAAUGUAUUUUGUCAGCGACAUGUCCGUUUUUCCGACAGCAAUUAGCGAAAUCUAAAAGAGUUGAGAUGAAAGGCUUUUCAAAAACAUCUAUCAACUUUCUGCUAUUAUAUUUGUAUGGAGGAGUUACGUCAAUUCCAGAAGAUGUUGAUGUUUGGGAGAUUAUUUCACUGGCGACCCAUUUGAAUCAUAAAGAUUUGGCGCAAGUUGUUGUUCUCCAUAUGAAAGCGUUGAAGUGCCAUUGGUUUCAUAGGGUUGGUUUGAGUUAGAGUAACUCCCAGGAUCUUUGCAAAAUAAAAAAAUUCAAAAUUUCAAAAUUUUUCAGCCUUGCGCAGCUUGUGUCUCUGCAGUUUUCGAUUGCCUUCCACAAUUGGCUCAAAUUCGAUGUAUGCGAACACUUUAUGAUGAGGCAAUGAUGUGGCAAGCGAAACAUUUUGCUCGCAUUUGGAAAGGACGUGUAUUUUUAUAUUUGAAUGAGAGAUGGCAAAAAGAGUGUUAUGAAGCUGUUAUUCAAUAUAUGGAUGAUGAAACGGUUAUUGAGAUUAUUUUAAGUUGUGAAAGAUUACAGGUGAGUUUUUUCUUUGUUCACUACAUAGCUAUUUAUCCUUUCUGAAAUAUGUUCAGGUUGCACUUUCCCGUUCAAAAUCCGAUUCUGCAAUUAGUGUGCUCCAAUUAGUCGAUGAUAUUUUAGAUGUUGCUAUGCAAUUUUUAGUUCAAACUUUUCAUCUAGUCAUUUCUAGUAAAUCAUUUCAAAUGCAAGGAAAAGUGAGUCCUUUUAAUUUACAUAUUUCGAAAAAUCAAUAAUAUUCCAGGGUCUCGCUUUAAAUCUAGGUCUUCUGGAAGACCUGCUCCCCUCAGUUAUUCAUUCUCUCACUCCUGAUGUUGCUAUCAAAACCUACAAAUCUUUAAGUCAACUUCUGACACAGAUUCAGCAAACUCCACCAUCACCUAAAAGAUCGUUGAACAUUGCUGGAGAAUCUUGGAGCCCUAGAUUCAGCUCGUUGAUCAGAAGAAUGGUUGAAUUGUCGGAUCGACAUCUUUUACAUUAUGCUGCAAGUGUUGUGAAUGCUGAAGCUUAUGAUUUAUUAUCUCCUGAUCAGAAGCAGAGGAUUGAAGAGAGUUAGUUUUUAUGAUUUUUUUUUCCAAAUCUCAAAAAUAUUUUUCAGCCGGAAUAUUUGUGGAACUCCGCCAACCUACAGCUCCUCCUCCUCGACUCUCAAGCAAUUCUCGAAGUUACAAACGCAGUGCAAGUGUGGGGGUUCAAAAUACCGGGCAGUUUGCGCAACCUCGCGCAAAGAGUGCGGAACGAACAAAAACACCGCAGAAGCCUAAAUCGCCUGAGCCGAAAGAAAUUGCUCCGGAAAUUGAGAAGAAACCUGUGCCAGAAGAGCAGAAAAAAUCUACACAAUCUGGCUCAACAUCUUCUCCACAGAAAACUGCGAAACCUGUUGAGAACGCGGCGAUGAAACCAUCGAGGUCUAGAGAAACUGUCAGAAAAUCGCCGGUGAAGAAGAAAUCUGCUGUUGAUGAGGUUGGUUAGAGAGGCUAGAGAGGCUAGAGAAAGUUUUAUGAUCCUCUAAAAAUUUCAGAUUCAAAUGGAACGCCAAACAACACACACAAUAAUCUCAGCCGACAAAAUCCGGGCUGCACAACUCCCCGGCCCAGAUUCUUCCCCAAUCAAAACAUCCAUAGAAAAACCAAAAAGUGUUGUAAAACCAAUGGUAAAAGACAGUCCUCUAGCAUCAAGUGCAAAUCGAACAGUAGUUCGAGAUCGUGUCUCUGCCAAAAAAGUUGCACCACCACCUUCUCGAACAUCUGCACCAGCUGCGCCUACAAAAUCAGCCAUUCCAACCUCAACAAAACCUCGUUCAACAAUUCCAAAAAGAAAUCCAUCAAAUUCAGUUCAAAAAACUCGCGGAGCAGUGAAAACGGAGUCGAAUUCUAUUGAGAAAUAA